AUUUAUUUCCUUACAGAAACAGAUUUGAUUUCGAUCACAAGAGUUCUCUACACCAAUAGAUUUGUGUUGUUUUAGGUGAGACAUCAAAUGGCAGUUUAUGAUCAUAGUGGAGAUAUUAAUAGUACACAACUCGAUGCGCCGAGAAAAAGGAAGUCAAGAAGUAGACGUGAUGGGACCACUGUGGCCGAGAGGCUUCAGAUAUGGAAGGAGAACAAUGAAGAAGCUUCCACCAAGAAGCGGAAGGUACCUGCGAAAGGAUCCAAGAAAGGGUGUAUGAAAGGCAAAGGAGGACCUGAGAAUAGUCAGUGUAGUUUCCGGGGAGUUAGGCAGAGGAUUUGGGGUAAAUGGGUCGCUGAGAUUAGAGAGCCUGACCGAGGUAGUAGGCUUUGGCUCGGCACUUUCUCAACCGCUGAGGAAGCUGCUUGUGCUUAUGACGAAGCUGCUAGUGCUAUGUAUGGUCCUAUGGCCCGUCUCAAUUUCCCUCAGUCAUCUCUGUCCGAUGUAACUUGUAGUUCAAGUCACUCUGAGGUGUGCACGGCUCCAGGACUUAUUCAUGUGAAAACAGAAGAUGCAGAUUAUGAUUCCAAGUCCUUUGGUGAAGCUAAUCCCAAGAAUGGUGCCUACACGUAUGAAGAAGAGGUAAAGAAGAACGGUAAGGUAGAUGUUACAAGAGGUGAUUGGUUGAGUGAGUUUGAAGACAAGUAUUGGAGCCAAGUUCUGGAGAAGCAAGCAGAAACCUGUCAGAAACAGACUGAAUCGCUCUCUGUUUCAGAUUACGGUUGGCCUGAGGAUGUGGAUCAGAGUCGCUGGGACUCUACGGAGAUGUUUGAUGCUUGA